AUGCUCACUGGUAAAGAAGAAAUAGAUAAAUUAAAUACAAAAGUAUUAUCUCUAUUAAUAUUUCUAAGAGUGGAAAAGGAAAUGCUGAAAGUGAAGAAUUACCUUCGUAUCUACGAUCUUCAUAUUCCUAAACAUAUUAAUUAUUAGAACCAACUAAAAUUCUCAAGGGUAAAAAGGUACUUUAAUUGUAAUGAAUAUCAAGGUUUUCCCAUAGUUUGCUUACGGAAAUUCACAUGAAGCUCCGACUUAUUUUAAAUUAUCGAACUCGUUGAUUUGUCGAGAAAGUUAUGAUAAUCCAUAUCUCAAGAGCAAAGUGCCUCCACUAAGCAAAUUAGAUUCACUUAAGGGAAGCACUCUCAAUAAUUAUGAAUUCUAUAAUGUUUCUGAAUAGAGAUUUACAAAUCGAAAACCUACAGGUUACGUUACUAAUAAAAUAACAGAGUAUAAAAUUAAUGUCAACAUUUAGUACGAUUACAAAUUAGGUUAAAAUUGUACAAAAACCAUUAAAUGACGAUAAAGACUAGAUCUUUACUUUUGAAAGUGCUUACAAAUCUAUUUAGGAUUAAUUAUUCAAUAGAAAACGAGGUAUACUUCAAUUUAAAAUAAAAGAGCUCUUCACAGAUUUUGUUGAAAAAAAUGAUUUACUUAAUGUAUAUGGACCAUUAAAUAUGAGGACUAGACCUAAUGAAUUUAGAGAAGUCAAAAACUAUGCCUUAGAUCCAGAUCAACUUAAAUAAUUAAAAGAACAAAGAUCAAGAUAACAAAUCACUCCAACUAAUAGAAGUGGUUUCACUGAUCUUAUUAAAACUGUUAGACUACCCACAAUAUCGAAAAUUUAAGGGUUGGAUACAGAUAAAUAUUAUAACAAAGAUCAAAAUUAUCUCAAUUAAUUAACCAAUUCUAUUAUUGUCUAAAAAAUCGAUGAAAAUAUCAAACUAAAAAAUAAAACUCUCGCAAGUUUCAAUAAAAAUAAACAUUCGAUCAAACAAAACACAGAAGACACUGAAAAUAUGUAAGGAAUUAUUGAUGUAUUUGAAAAACAUUUAGAAUUCGAAAAGCAAUAUAAUUGUUGA